UUCAAAAAAAGAUUACUGGCAUGUUAACCUACCAGCUCACCGCAGGUCAGUACAAAUACGGAGGAUUUGGAGAAAACAGUGGUGGCAAUUGACGUGGGGAUUUAACCCCCUUCCGAACGCAGUGCUGGGCUGAAAAAGCAGUGCAAAGAUGGUGCCGAGGGGUGUCUGGUGUGUGUGGUUGACUUGUCUCUUCUACACAUCCUCCGCUGACAAAGAUUUCUUCACCUCCAUCGGUCAGAUGACAGAUCUGCUGUACACAGAAAAGGACCUGGUCACCUCUCUGAAGGAUUACAUCAGAGCAGAGGAGAGCAAGUUGGAGCAAGUCAAAACGUGGGCUCAGAAGCUGGACGUGUUGUCGGCCACGGCCACGCAGGACCCAGAGGGCUUCCUGGGCCACCCGGUCAACGCCUUCAAGCUGAUGAAGAGACUCAACACAGAGUGGGGAGAGCUGGAGAGCCUGGUUCUCAAGGACAUGUCUGAUGGGUUCAUUUCCAACCUGACCAUCCAGAGACAGCACUUCCCCAAUGAUGACGACCAGACGGGGGCGGCCAAGGCCCUGAUGAGGCUGCAGGACACCUACCGGCUGGACACGCAAACCAUCUCCACGGGAGAGCUGCCUGGAACCAAUACGGAUGUCACUAUGAGCCCGAUGACGGUGGAGGACUGCUUUGAGCUGGGGAAGAUCGCCUACUCUGAUGCAGACUACUACCACACGGAGCUGUGGAUGGAGCAGGCCCUGAAACAGCUGGACGGGGGAGAGGAGUCCACCGUGGACAUGGUGACCAUCCUGGAUUACCUCAGCUACUCUAUCUACCAGCAGGGGGAGCUAGAGAGGGCCCUGGACUACACCAAGAGACUGCUGAAAUUGGACUCUGCCCACCAGCGAGCCAAUGGCAACCUGAAGUACUUUGAGUACCAGCUGGCCAAGCAGAAGAAGGUGGAGGCAGAGGAGGGCCUGAAGGAGAAGGAGGAAAGAGAGCGGGAGAAGCGGGAGGUGUCUGAGAAGAAGGGCAGACCUGCAGACUACCUGCCUGAGAGGAGGAAGUACGAACAGCUGUGUCGCGGCGAGGGCAUCAAGAUGACCCCGCGGCGUCAGAGUCGUAUGUUCUGCCGUUACUCUGACAACAACCGUCACCCCCUAUACGUGCUGGGUCCCGUCAAGCAGGAGGACGAGUGGGACCGCCCACGCAUCAUCCGUUACCAUGACAUCCUCUCCAACAGCGAGAUCGAGAAGGUCAAAGAGCUGGCCAAACCCAGGCUAAGGCGCGCCACCGUGCAUGACCCCCAAACAGGGAAACUCACCACGGCCCAUUACAGAGUCUCCAAGAGUGCGUGGCUAACCGCCUAUGAGGAUCCAGUAGUGGACAAGAUAAACCAGCGCAUUGAGGAUAUCACCGGCCUGAAUGUCAAGACAGCAGAGGAGCUGCAGGUGGCAAAUUACGGCGUGGGUGGGCAAUACGAGCCCCACUUUGACUUUGGGCGGAAAGAUGAACCAGAUGCGUUUAAAGAGCUGGGCACCGGGAACCGCAUCGCCACCUGGUUAAUUUACAUGAGUGACGUGCCAUCAGGGGGCGCCACUGUCUUUACAGACGUGGGAGCUGCAGUGUGGCCCAAAAAGGGAAGUGCCGUGUUCUGGUAUAACCUGUUUGCCAGCGGGGAGGGUGACUACAGCACGCGGCACGCAGCCUGCCCCGUCCUAGUGGGUAACAAGUGGGUGUCUAACAAGUGGAUUCACGAGCGAGGCCAAGAGUUCAGAAGACGUUGCACUCUGGACGAGUCUGACUGAUCAAACGGAAUAAAACACCUUUUUCCUAAUCCUCGUCUUCCUCUUCCAAUCCCUCCUCCUGGACCCACCUGACUCUCGGCUCUGUGCACACUGGGGGUGAAGUGCCCUCUGACCUCCCCACCCCCUUCCUUCUCUCCAAACUCAAGAGUUCACUCAGUGGUUCUCUGAGGCUCUGGCUGCUCAUGUGAUCUGUCACAUUUUAUUUUUUAUCUGGUGUGUGUGUGUGCGGUUCACCAGUCCCAGUCUGUGCCUUCUGUUGAUGGGUUUUGCACACUCAGACUGCACAGCUGUCUUAAAACCUGGGGAACUUUUAUUUAACUCUCACCCUUUAACAUGGACUUUUAUGUUGAUACUAUCGACAAAAUACUCAAUUAACUAGUUCAGCGUUUCCCAACUCUGGUCCUUGAAUACCCCAACAGUACACAUUUGUAUUGUAGCCCCCAGACAAGCACACCUGAUUCAACUUGUCAACUCAUCAUCAAGCCUUUGAUAAGUUGAAUGAGAUGUGUUUGUCCAGAACUCCAACGAAAUGGUGUACUGUUCGGAGGACUGGAGGACCGGAGUUGGGAAAACACUGAACUAGAGCAAUCAACACAACUGCUUCUCCCUUUGCAACUUCCUACAACAUGACAUAUUUUCAUGUGCACUUCUCGUUUCCUUACCAUCACUCCAAUCCUCUCCUCGCCCACUGUGACCCAGCACACAGAGGGACGUGACCAGUCAUAAAGGCACUGUCAUACUCUCCCACGAUGUCCCCCCUUCUCCUCCUCUCCCUCUCUAUCAACAGGUCAGAAUCAGAUGACCCCCACAUAUCAAGCCUCCUGGGAUUUAAGACACUUGACCCAUCUUGGUCUGACCCGCAGGGCAUACACAGGGCUAGACUGGGGGGUUACUAUCGGACUAAGGGAAGGUCUCUGAACAGUGCUUAUGACAAGUGAUUAUCACUGAUUCACUGUGAUAUAUUGACAGAGAAGCUGUGCCAGUCCCCUCCCUCCCUCUUUUCCUUCUCUCUCUCCCUUACACCCCUCUUCUCCACCAAGGCCAUGCAUGCCUCGGGGCUAUUUCAGCCCUGAGGUCAUUCACUCCACGACAAACACUACUGCAUCUGCUGCACAAAUAAACACGGACUUUUAAAGCCAAAGGUACACAAUGUCUUUUAGUUUUUCUGCCUCUCCCCCCGCUCUGUCUCUCUCAACGCGCUCUGUUCCUCCUGUGUCUCCCACUCCUCUCUCUGCCUUGGUGAAAUACAGUAAACUAAAGCUCGUACCUGAUCAACUGAUGAUUCAAUCAUCAACUGAUGAUUCAUUGGGUUUGAUGAUAAUAGGAUUUCAUCCCUAAAAUGACUGAAUGAAAUAUGACGCUAAGAAUCGAUAAGAAAUAUUUCUUCCGUAUCACUCCAAACCUGGUUCCUCCACUCCACAGUUUAAGCCUAUGCUGACCCUGGGAAUAACGAUAGCUCAUGAGAGGCAGUUGCUGAUUUUGUUCAGAGGGUCCCUGGUUCGAGCCCGGGUUGGGGGGCAAGGAGAGGGACAGAAGCAACACGGUUACAUGUAUAUCCUCCCAGAUGCAGGCCUUCUUUUUAUUUUGAAUUGUAAUGAUGAUGGGAUGUGUGGGGAUAUGUGUUGUACAUGUGAGAUUAAUGUUUUCUACAGAAAUAAAUAUUACGUUAAGUAAAGAAUUCA